ACAUAUGUAGAGUGUGUCGGUCAGAAGGAACACCUGAGAAACCUCUUUAUCAUCCUUGUGUAUGUACUGGCAGUAUUAAGUUUAUUCAUCAAGAAUGCUUAGUUCAGUGGCUGAAACACAGUCGAAAAGAAUACUGUGAAUUAUGCAAGCACAGAUUUGCUUUUACACCAAUUUAUUCCCCCGAUAUGCCUUCACGGCUACCCAUCCAAGACAUAUUUGCUGGGCUGGUUACAAGUAUUGGUACUGCGAUACGAUACUGGUUUCAUUAUACACUUGUGGCCUUUGCAUGGUUGGGAGUUGUUCCUCUUACAGCAUGCCGCAUCUACAAGUGCUUGUUCACUGGCUCCGUGAGCUCACUGCUGACACUGCCGCUGGAUAUGCUGUCCACGGAGAACUUGCUGGCGGACUGUCUGCAGGGCUGUUUUGUGGUGACAUGCACACUGUGUGCAUUCAUCAGCCUGGUGUGGCUGCGGGAGCAGAUAGUACACGGCGGAGCCCCCAUCUGGCUGGAGCACGCCGCGCCGCCCUUCAAUGCUGCGGGGCACCACCAGAAUGAGGCUCCAGCGGGAGGAAAUGGUGCAGAAAAUGCUGCUGCUGAACAACCUCCCAACCCCCCAGCUGAGAAUGCAGUGGUGGGGGAGAACCCGGAUGCACAGGACGACCAGGCAGAGGAGGAGGAGGAAGACAACGAGGAGGAGGAUGAUGCAGGCGUGGAAGACGCGGCGGAUGCUAAUAAUGGAGCCCAGGAUGACAUGAAUUGGAAUGCUUUGGAAUGGGACCGAGCUGCGGAAGAGCUUACAUGGGAACGAAUGUUAGGACUUGAUGGAUCACUAGUUUUUCUUGAACAUGUCUUCUGGGUAGUGUCUUUAAAUACACUGUUCAUUCUUGUUUUUGCAUUUUGCCCUUACCACAUUGGUCAUUUCUCCCUCGUUGGUUUGGGAUUUGAAGAACAUGUCCAAGCAUCUCAUUUUGAAGGCCUCAUCACAACCAUAGUUGGGUAUAUACUUCUAGCAAUAACACUGAUAAUUUGUCAUGGCCUGGCAACUCUUGUUAAAUUUCAUAGGUCUCGUCGCUUACUGGGAGUCUGCUAUAUUGUUGUUAAGGUCUCUUUGCUGGUGGUGGUGGAAAUUGGAGUAUUCCCUCUCAUUUGUGGCUGGUGGUUGGAUAUCUGUUCCCUGGAAAUGUUUGAUGCUACUCUGAAAGAUCGAGAACUGAGCUUUCAGUCAGCUCCGGGCACGACCAUGUUUCUGCACUGGCUGGUGGGGAUGGUGUAUGUGUUCUACUUUGCCUCCUUCAUUCUGCUGCUCAGAGAGGUACUUCGACCUGGUGUCUUGUGGUUUCUAAGGAAUUUGAAUGAUCCAGAUUUCAACCCAGUGCAGGAAAUGAUCCACUUGCCCAUUUAUAGGCAUCUCCGGAGAUUUAUUUUAUCAGUGAUUGUCUUUGGCUCCAUUGUCCUUCUGAUGCUUUGGCUCCCGAUACGGAUAAUCAAGAGUCUGCUGCCGCAUUUUCUUCCUUACAAUGUCAUGCUCUAUAGUGACGCUCCAGUGAGUGAACUGUCCCUCGAGCUGCUUCUGCUGCAGGUCGUCUUGCCAGCGCUGCUGGAGCAGGGACACACAAGGCAGUGGCUGAAGGGGCUUGUGCGCGCGUGGACUGUCACUGCUGGCUACUUGCUGGAUCUUCAUUCCUAUUUACUGGGAGACCAGGAGGAAAAUGAGAACAGUGCAAAUCAACAAGUGAACAAUAACCAGCAUGCUCGAAAUAACAACGCUAUUCCUGUGGUAGGGGAAGGCCUGCACGCAGCCCACCAGGCCAUCCUCCAGCAGGGAGGGCCUGUGGGCUUCCAGCCUUACCGCCGGCCUCUGAACUUCCCACUCAGGAUUCUGGUGUUGAUCGUCCUCAUGUGUGUGACGCUGCUGAUCGCCAGCCUCAUCUGCCUUACCUUACCAGUAUUCGCUGGCCGUUGGCUCAUGUCAUUUUGGACGGGCACUGCCAAGAUCCAUGAGCUCUACACAGCUGCUUGUGGUCUCUAUGUGUGCUGGCUCACCAUCCGGGCUGUGACGGUGCUGGUGGCGUGGAUGCCCCAGGGACGCAGAGUGAUCUUCCAGAAGGUGAAAGAGUGGGCUCUCAUGAUCAUGAAGACUGUGAUCGUGGCAGUGCUGCUGGCUGGGGUUGUCCCGCUCCUUCUGGGGCUCUUGUUUGAGCUGGUUAUUGUUGCUCCCCUGCGAGUUCCUUUGGAUCAGACUCCUCUUUUUUAUCCGUGGCAGGACUGGGCACUUGGAGUCCUGCAUGCCAAAAUUAUUGCAGCUAUAACAUUGAUGGGUCCUCAGUGGUGGCUGAAAACUGUAAUUGAACAGGUUUAUGCAAAUGGCAUCCGGAACAUUGACCUUCACUACAUCAUCCGUAAACUGGCAGCUCCGGUGAUCUCCGUGCUCCUGCUGUCCCUGUGUGUCCCUUACGUCAUUGCUUCUGGUGUUGUUCCUCUGCUAGGUGUAACUGCCGAAAUGCAAAACUUAGUCCACCGGCGGAUUUAUCCAUUUUUACUGAUGGUCGUGGUAUUGAUGGGAAUCCUGUCCUUCCAGGUCCGCCAGUUUAAGCGCCUUUAUGAACAUAUUAAAAAUGACAAGUACCUUGUGGGGCAGCGCCUGGUGAAUUACGAGCGGAAGGCUGGCAAGCAGGGCACCUCUGCGCCUCCUCCACCAUCGUCCCAAGAGUAAAGUGGUCGUUUCAACUCCUUGGCCUUGCCCUUGCCUUUACAUGUCCUCUUCGUGGACUUCUCACUUUGGAGAGUUCCCAUGGUCUCUCAGCGUUGUUUUUAAGUUACCUGUACUUGACUUGUAUCCUCAGCAUUCAGAGGGCGGCUCGUACAGCUCCGCUGCUCCACCCCGCAUCUGCCGACAUCACUGCUGUCUGAGAUCUGUAUAUGUGUACAUAGAAGCUCCUUGAUACCCUAAACCUUGGAUUAAACAGAAUGUGCAUUGUACAUCUUUAAACAAAUGUAUAUUAAUUUAUUAAGUCUAGUUGUCACUUUACUUUGGACCUGCUGUGAUCUCGACAGGAAUCGUGCCACAGAGCAGUAGCACAGGCAAGACUGCAGAGCCGCGGUGGAGCGCAGCUCGUGGAGUCCUAGCCGUUCCCGCGCAGUAACUGUCCGCUCUGUCUGUCUGGGCUGCUCGCACCUCACGGGAGCCGCGAGGAAGCAGGUAGCCGGCGGCAGUGGAGGGUCUGUGGUCAGAGGCCGUGAACUGUGUGCUUCACUGUCGUCAUUUUUGGAAAUUAUUUUGUAUAACACCAAAGCUGUUGUACAUUUUCUACUGCCUGAUUUUUUUCAUGUGUCUGUGUUUGUAAUAUUGUAUAGUAUCUUGUGCUAGGUGAGGAAAUUAUUUUUAAUUUUGAUAAUUUAAUAUUCCUAGUGAUCAGCGUUGGGAGUCAGGUUUUUGUGCUUGUUAGGGGCAUGUCUAUACUUAGGGAAAAAAGGCAAAAAAAAAAAAGGACAAAAGAUUUUCAUUAGUCCCCAUAUCCCCCUUCCACACCACUCUUACUUCUGGUCAGAAGUAUUGUGCAAGAUCAUAAGUCUUAGGGAGGCACAUCACCACCACACUGCAUCUGACUGGGUGUCAGACACUGCGAUGCUUGUUAAGCAGAUGUGGCUGUGGUCUCGGAUUGCCAGCACCAGAGAAGCCUGGUUGGAGUGCCCGCUCCUGCUACUCAGUGCAUUAUUGGGAGAGGGUUAGUGAGCACGUUUCUCCUACAUUUUUAUCAGUAAAUCCUAAAGUUUCCAAAGCUUUCUGUUUACAGAAUAAAAUUGCAAAGAAAGCUGGCUGAGCCCGCCUUUUCACAUAGGAAUGUAUUUCAUUGCAAACAUGCUAUAAAACAUUUCAGAGAACUGAACACAUAUAAACUUGAUUUUCCCUUAUUACCAAAGCAUCCAGUUCAAAGUUCAGAGGAAGAGAAUGGUUGGUUACACGAUCUAAGUAUUUAAUGCUAAUGGUAUAUUGUAAGGGUAGUGUUUGCUUUUGAGUGACAAUUUAGAAAUUCUCAUAAAAAUGGACAGUGUAGGUCAUUAGAAACUAUAAAAGAAUUUCCAUAUAGUAUUAAAACUCAUAAAGUCAGAAUUUUUUAAAAAUAUGGAAGUCAGCCAAACAUAAGCUACCAAAAUCAAGAGCAACAUGUUCUGAUAGUUUUAUUUCUUAGUAGUUUUUCCCUAAGUGAUAAGGAAAUACUUUAAAAUUAUUUUAAAACAUCAGUAUAAAAAAAAUGCUUGACAUAGGAUUCAGUGUUAACACUCUUUCGCACUUUGUAGUAACCCUUUCUGUUGUUUUGCUAGACCUAUAUUCAGAAAUACAGUCCUACUGUAAAAAAUUUGGAGCAUUUGAAAGCGUAAUGCCACCUGUCAUGGUAUAUGGCUACAUAAGUUCUUUUCAUGAGAAAAAUACAUAAUUGGGCAUAUAAUUUGAUCAUAUUAAUUAAUUUAUUUUUAAGCUUCAGAGAAUUUGUAGGUCUUGAUUUAAAGUCAUUAGAACACAUUUUUAAAAACAGAUCUAGGUAGAUACCAUAGAAGCUUAAAGAUUAUCAAUCCCAUGAAAUUUUCAAUGAAUUUUACGUUUUAUUAAAAAAAAAUUGUGUGUGUGUGUGUGUGUGGCCAAAAAUUGCCCUUGUUUUCUUUCACUGGCAGAUAACUUUAUAUUGUCUUUCUGAGGACAUCCCUCCUCUUCAGGUGUGCUUUGUCCUGUGUUUUCAGGGAGAGAAACCCUUUCUAAGGAAAGGAGCCUUGGGGUAUUUGCUUGGGUAGCCAUCCGGGUUUUAUUAUUAACCAAUAGGUAUAAAUACUUUAAACCCAUAGUUCUUAGAGUAUUAGUUUUGCUGGCCUUCUUCACAUAGAUUUUUUAAAAUUAUACUGUAAUUUUCCUUCAAUUUACAUUGAGCUAAAAGUCUUCAAGGAAGAAGACCUUGUUGCUUUCUUUAUCUUCACUACUUAUCAGUUGAAGACAAAUCAGCAUUUGAGGUUAGUCUUACAUGGCCAGUUAUCAGGUGGUCAUCGUAUAAGCUGUUCAUUUGUUCACUAUUAGCAAAUUAUGUUUGGUUUUGGAACUAUAAAGUGCUAAUAACUGAGAUGAAAUUGAAGAAAAAGGCCAUUGUGCAGUUUGUGUGUAGCUAGCCUUUCAAAGCUCAGUGUUUUUAUCCCGCCCCUCCUCCCCCUUGUUCUCUGGAGAAGCAAAGAAGAUGGGACAUCUUCGUUCCAGAUGUAAACAAGUAACUUUUAUUUCCGUAUUUAAUACAGCUGUUGUUACUGUGGACCUUGUCUUGUGUUGUUUUCUUUCCCUUACACAAAUGGUAGAGGAUAACUUUCCCUCAAAGAUUUGAUCCUAGAUGUGUUGUUCUGUUAGCAUUAUGCUAUCAGAGUAAUUCUUGAAUUUAGGUUGAAUUAAUGACUUUUAAAAACAAAACAGAAAAGAAACACUGGAAAUUUCUACACUGUAUUGUGUUUGCAAAUGCACACCGGAGACUAGUGCCAAAAGAACCCUGGCACUUUUUAAAGCUUUGCAAGUUAGCCACUUAUUUUUUUUUUCAGAAUUGAAUCUAUUAAACUAUUUGAUCAUACUUUUUUACACUGUAAAAUUCAGUGAUUAUGUUUAAACCCUCCUUUAGCAUGUUACUUAGCAACAAGAGAAGACAAACUAAUGUGUCUGCCACUGAAGUAUUGUGCACUCCUCGUGGCGGAGGUUCUCGGCGGUCAAACUGUCUCGUAUCUACCUUCUUCGUUGGCCCUGUCAGUCAGAUGCUUGCUUUCCAGCUUACUGCUGUUGUGUGUCGUUUUUAAACAACCAUCACGAGUAAGGGCUUCUUUCAAAUAUCCCUGAUAUCUUGGGCAUCGAUAUACAUAAAGAUAUGUAUUCCUGUCUAUUUUGUAUGAGUGCCUCAUUUUGUAGUCAUGAAAGUAAUAAAACACUGUAGAAAAUGUAAUAAGGCCUAGGAAUGGCUGGUAGAAGCUAAAUAGAACUCUUAGGCAAUUGGGAUGUCAAUUUUUUAUUAAAUCAAACAUCUUAGAUACCUAGACCAGUUUUAUAUGUGUACAUUAAAAAUGUUCCCUUUUUUAUGUGGUCAUUUGUUGCCUUCUGAGUCGAUAGAACAAAACUGAAUAAAGUGGAUGUUAGUUGUA